ACUCUUUCUUCAUCACUGGCAGGAUAAUUUAGGACACAUUUUAGGUCAAGAAAAUCAAGCUAUUAGAUUUCAACUUUUAGAAAAUGCUGAUGAUGAAGACCCUCACCUUCAACUGUUAUUAAAUAUAACUGACUUAUUAGCAUCAUGUACUGUUGGAGAAUGCCAGUCUGCAGAACCUGUUUCACAACAUUUUUAUAACAUAGAUGAGCUCCUUUUAAUUCUUGCAAAUGAAAAGAUUGUGAGCCAUCACAAGUUGCCCUUUGUGAGACUUUUAACAUGGACAUUUUUAAAUACUGAGAGAGACUCAGCUUUAGCAUGCUCUCAGCUAGCAUCUAGCAGAAAUUUUUUGUUGCUCAUAGAGCAACAGAUUUCACAUAUUGAUAACAAGAUAUUGAAGGAGUUUCAUGCUUUAACAGCUGAGAAAAAGAAAGUCCUUCUAAUAAAGAUGAAGAAUUUGACUGAUUCAAACUUGAGUAUUAAGCAAUGGAUAAAAUACUCGGCUGAUAUUUCAGUUAAUCUCAGUAGUAGCUUAUUAUUUGUUGUUAAAGGUGUACUUCCAAUGCUGUCAGAGUUUUGCUUUGAAAUGUCACUUCAUUUAUCUGGAGGAAAUGAGCUGUGUACUGAUAUACUCACAUCAAAGGAAGUUAACAUCAUCAAACAUGUUAAUAUUAUCAAAGAAGUUGGAGAAAAAUUGCUGGAUCUUCACCGUAAUCAAGUAAUUUGUGCUCCAAGUCAUAUUGAAAUUCUAAAACACUGUGUAACUAAUAUCAUGAAGUUUUGUGAAAUGCUUCUUCAUGAACCAUGCUCCCUUAAUCAAGUUGUCAUUGAUAGCUUAAAAUUAGUUUCACCUCCACAUUAUGUUAGCAUUCCUGAGGUUACUCUGAAUCAAGAAUUGCAGACAUAUUUAGUGAAAUACUCAAAAGCCUACAAUGAAUCAUCUAGUGAAGUACAAGAAAGCUUAUUUAUUCCUAAUGAUCCCAGUUUUAUUAAGCUGAUCAAUUUAUUUUCUGAUAGUGAUGAAGACAUUAGAAUGAAAUCUGAUUCAUUGAAAGUAAAGAAACUUAUUCUAAUACUAAGGAAUCUCAUUCAAAAACAAAGAAAGCAAGGUCUUCCAAUUUUAGAAAGAAUUAAUCUUGAAGGAGUUACAUCAAUAACUCUAAAACUUUUAUGCGGUGUGAUUUAUAAAAGAAUUACCAGAGUACCCAGGAGCACCCUGAAUCCUGAUGAAUUUCGACAGCAAUAUGAACAAGUUAUUCAACCAAUACAAACAAUUCUUCUUAAUAAUGAAAUAGUUGAAACAUUGAUUGAUUUACUUCAUCAUCCAAAAGAUGACAUAGCAUUUCAGGUUUUGGCUUGUCUUAAUGUUUUACUCUAUCCUGGAAAUGAAGAAGCUCAAAAAAGAAUAACUUUGCAUGUCAAUCAGCAAGACAAAAAUCUUUUUGUACGUGUCCAUCAAAUAUUAAGAAGAACUCAAUCUACUCUCAAUAAAGCAAAAAUGGGCCAAGCCAUGGCUCAAAUAGCAGCAUUGAUUCCAGCAGAGGAUGAUCAUGACUCAUCAUUGCCCAUUAAUUUAAUGAAAAGAAGAAAAACUCGUGUAUUUAAUAGAAGGCAAAGAGCAGCUAUAAAAGGGAAUGAUGAAUGUAUGAUAUUAAAAUGGCUAAUUUAA